GUGCGCCUCUUGGUCCAGGCGGUGAAAGCAUGGCAGCUGCAGAGUCAGAGGUGGUUUCACCUCUGACUGUGGACACUGCUCCAGACACUUCAGGAACAGCCGCGGCCUCUGUAGCCGCAGAGGCGGCGGCGACCGCCAGGACUGGAUCGCAAGCCCAGGUCUCCAAGGCCUCCCUGGCUGCUAAGCUCAUGUCGCUGAGCGGCGUGUUCGCCGUGCACAAGCCCAAAGGGCCCACCUCAGCCGAGCUGCUGAACCGGCUGAAGGAGAAGCUGCUGGCAGAAGCUGGAAUGCCUUCUCCAGAGUGGAACAAGAGGCAAAAGCAGACAUUGAAAGUUGGACAUGGAGGGACGCUGGACAGUGCUGCACAAGGUGUCCUGGUGGUUGGGAUUGGAAAAGGAACAAAAAUGUUGACCAGUAUGUUGUCGGGGUCCAAGAGGUAUAUCGCCAUCGGAGAACUGGGGAAAGCUACAGACACGCUGGAUUCUACCGGGAAGGUAACAGACGAGAAGCCGUAUGAUGAAAUAAAGCAAGAAGAUAUUGAAGGCAUUCUGCAGAAGUUUACUGGGAAUAUAAUGCAAGUACCCCCCCUAUAUUCUGCACUGAAGAAGGAUGGACAGAGACUCUCAACAUUAAUGAAGAGAGGCAAGGCGGUUGAGGCCAGACCAGCCAGGCCAGUGACUGUCCAUAGCAUCUCCCUCCUGAAGUUCCAACCACCGUUCUUCACUCUAGAUGUUGAAUGCGGAGGAGGUUUUUAUAUCCGAAGCUUGGUCAGUGACAUUGGCAAAGAACUCGCAUCCUGUGCCAGCGUGCUGGAGCUGACCCGCACCAAACAGGGACCCUUUACACUUGCGCAGCAUGCCCUCCCUGAAGACAGGUGGACCAUCGAUGACAUCGCACGGUCCCUCGAGCGCUGCACAUCCCUUCUGCCAGAAGAGCUGACGUUUAAAAAAUUAAAAACCGAGAACUCCAGUGACCAGGUUUUAAGCUGUGGAUAUAUAACUCUCAGGGAGACAAAGAGAGAAGAUGACGCAGUUAAGACACUUUGAGCUGGGCUGGGAGGAUCAUUUCCUGGUUGGUGUAUAUCCUGACCCAGGAAUGCCCAUACACUUCUUGAGUUCUUUGCAAGAUGUCUUAAUGACUCUGAAUGAUGAAUCUGAUUGGAUUCAGAUAAAUAAGUUUUCUGAAUUUGAUCUUUCCUUAGUCUCUUUCCUGUGAAAAAGUUAAACAGUAUUCUAAUUACAGAAGACUAAAGUCUGAGCUGCAGGUUCCACUGGUCUCACAGAAGUGUCAAACUUGCUUUGCUUAGACUGGGGGAGGGGAGCAUUCAUUCUUUUGAAAUUCUCUGAAUAUAUUUAAAGUGCUCAGUGUUGAGCUGUCCUGUGUGUUUGCAGAGCCUAUCGCUGCUGGGAAGCGCUGGUGGGCUGUAGUCAGUUGUGACUGUGUUCCUUGGAUCUUGAAAAUGAAUUCGUUUUCCUAAUAAAUAUCUGUAAAUGCACAAACUUCUGCUUCAACCACUAACAGAAUGUAAAUAGUGUAAGACGUGAUUCAUUUCAGAUCCUAUCUUUAGCUGAGCUCAGCUCCUGUAGCUGUGUACUGUGGCAGCUAUUUCUGUGGUCAACCACAUGGUAUCAGAGUAUAAAAAUGUGAUUUUUAGAAUAUAAACUAGAGAAUGUAUCUUGGAUUAAAACACUGUCCUGCCUGUUCUGUAGUGCCUCUCUGUGACUGUGGAACCCUGCAGGAUCCAGUGACAUGGUUUCUGUAGAAAUGAUCACAAGAAUAUGAUCACAUUUUAAAACAGCAAA